CUGUAGACAGCGGACAAAUUUACUUCCACUUUUCAUGGCAAUGGAGUCGACAUAGGGACUAAACACUUUUGUUUCAACAGAAUCUGCAUUCAUUUCAUUUCAGUGGAAAAGUGGUGAAAAUGAUCUUUAUUUUACUCGCAUUGACUGCAUUAUUUGUGUCUGGUGUUUUCAGUGUUGAUACAGACAGAGUGACCAUGAUGGAGGGAGAUUCAGUCACUCUACAGACUGGUGUUAAAACAAACCACCUAGAAGAUAUUAAAUGGUAUUUUAAUGACAUUCGAAUAGCUCAAAUCAAUGGAGAUCAGACUUAUAUCUGCACAGAUGUUCAGUGUAAUAAAGGCACUGAGAGAUUCAGACACAGACUGAAGCUGGAUCAGACGGGAUCUCUGACCAUCAUGAACAUCAACACCACAGACUCUGGAGUUUAUGAGCUAAAGAUCAUUAAUAACCACAGCAUCAGUGAAAAGGCUUUCAGUGUUACUGUUCUUGAAGUUCCUGCUGCUGAAUUGGAUGAAGUGAAGAGAAAGUCAGUGAAGGAGGGAGAAUCUGUCACUUUAGAUCCUGGCGUAUUAAAAAGCCCAAAUGAUGUGAUGGCAUGGUUUUUUAAUGACACUCGCAUCGCUGAAAUCACUGAAGAUCAGCGUAAGAUCUGUACAGAUGAUCAGUGUAAAGAGAGAUUCAGAGACAGACUGAAGCUGGAUCAUCAGACUGGAUCUCUGACCAUCACAAACAUCAACACCACAGACUCUGGACUUUAUAAACUACAGAUCACCAGCAACAUCCGUCGUCAUCGCCACAGCAUCAGCAUCACCAGUUGGAAAAUAUUUUUUGUCACUGUCACUGAUUUUGCUCUGUCUUCAGCUGCCGUAGCAGGAAUAUGUGUUUGUGUUCUGCUGCUUGUUGCUGCAGCAGCUGCUGCGAUUUACUAUGGCAAGCAUCAAGCAAAAAGAGACAGCAGCAGGAGGCAGCACAGUGAUCAGGAGAGAUAUUUAAAAGACUGGUCCCCUAAAAUGUCUGACUCUCCAUUGAUGGAAACUGCUAAAGAGACGUCCCCUGAUGUGCUGCUAAUCAGACACCAAUGAAACAUUUAUUAUUUUGACUUUAACUGAAAGGGACAGUGAAUAAAAGGUAAGACACAUGAGAACAGAAUCAUGGCUCUCAAAGAAACUGUCACCAAACCAAGAUUCC